CCCCUCGCGCUGUACCACGCCCUCAAAGGCUCCGCCUCUGCUGCUUGAAUCCCACCCCUCUAUCUGCAGGACCCUGAGCCGUAAUGAUCCUGCAACAGCCCCUGGAGCGAGGUCCCCCAAGUCGGGACCCACGGGCCACCACUGGGGUAACUCGCGGCCUAGACGCCAGUCUUUCCCCCAGGGAACCUUUGCACAAGCGGUUCCUGUCUGAGGAGAACAUGGCCACCCAUUUCUCCCGACUCAGCCUACAUAAUGACCACCCCUACUGCAGCCCCCCUGUGACUUUUCCCGAAGCCCUGCCGCCACUCAGGAGCCCUUGCCCAGAGCUGCUUCUCUGGCGCUAUCCCGGGAGCCUGAUUCCUGAGGCCCUCAGGCUGCUGAGGCUGGGGGAUACCCCCAGUCCCUACUACCCUGCAUCCCCAGCUGGAGAUAUCAUGGAGCUCUGAGUGUUGAUGGCCUGUGCCCCUCCCCAUCUUCUUCCUGACAACAAAGACCAGCAACUCCCAGAAGGGGAUGAAGUCCUCCAAACCAGGUGCCUGGCACCCAGGACCUUCCCCCUGACAGGAGGACACUAGCCCGGUGGAACCCUCAGUGAGAGGCAGCCUGGGAAAGGGAAAAUGUCAUCCCAUUAGUGAAUAAAGACCUGUGAGCAGCUGAA